AUGUCUGAUGAGUUCGACCUUGUAUCUCCGUACUUGUACAUCAUGUCAAUUGCUGCUGCGCAGCUCCGCAAUCUGCGGCUGAGGUCGAGUUACAUUGGUAUCUCGAGUAUCCUGCGUGGUCGGGCUGUUGCGCGAUCCAACCUAGUGACGGCGCGGCAGUUCAGUGCACGAGCUUGUCUGCGACAGGAACCACAGCUUCCUGCUUUCUUGGAGGCUUACAAGAAGGGUGUGGCCUUCCCCCCGGCUACACAUGAUUUCGAGACAUUCUUCGCAAAAGCAGAGCCAAACACCGAAGUAGUUCUCCAUGGCUACCUGGGGACCCGUGUCGACCUUUCAAAGAAACUAUCAUUCGUCCGCCUAGCCGACACGACCCUCCAGCAUAGCGUACAAAUCGUCGCCCUCGCGAAAAACAAUGGCUUCGAAACACUUAAGAGUCUGAACGCCAACAGCCCCGUCGCUGUGCGCGGGACAGUACAAAAGAAGAAGGCCAAAGGCUCUGAACCAGUUAGCCCAGAAGACACAUGGGAACUUGCGCUCGAAGAGAUCCACGCCCUCAACGAAUUCCCCAAAGAUAUCAUCAUGACACCGGAAACCGUCUUCCCGCCCGAGCAGCGAUAUCUGCAACUUCGAUCAGAUGCAGAGCUACGCGAGGCGCUCAGAUUCCGUGCCAAGGCACACAACCUUUGCAAAGAGGAAUUAGAGAAGUCGCAGCCUCCGUUUGUGGAGAUUGAGACACCCCUGCUGUUCAAGUCUACGCCUGAAGGCGCACGUGAAUUCAUUGUGCCCACGCGGCGAGAGGGAUUGGCCUACGCGCUGCCACAGAGUCCGCAACAAUAUAAGCAGAUUCUUAUGGCCAGCGGACUACCACGGUAUUAUCAGUUUGCCAAGUGUUUCCGGGAUGAGGAUCUGAGAGCGGAUCGGCAGCCAGAAUUUACUCAGCUUGAUUUGGAAAUGUCAUUUGCAACUGGCGACGAUGUUAUGCGUACCGUCGAGGGCGUGAUCCGUCGACUUUGGUCCGAGCUGAUGAAGGAUCCUGCGCCAACGGGUCCGUUCCGCAAAGUCUCGUACCAGGAGGUCAUGGCCAGAUAUGGCUCCGACAAGCCGGAUACCAGAUACGGGAUGGAGAUCAUCCGCUUGGAUCAUGCUCUCCCAGUGGAUUUGGUCGGGAAGAUCUCCGACUUGGAGAACCCUAUCGUGGAGGCAUUCAAGAUCGAAGGCAACGACAACGAUCCCGCCGAGACCCAUAAGUUCAUUACUGAUUUCUUGGACUCGCCAGCUGGGGCACCUUUCAAUAAUAACCCGGAUGGCGGGCCCGGUGUCUUCAUCUACAAUGGUAAGCAGCCACUCUGCGGACUUCAGCCCUUCGGCUUCGAAGCUGCUGAGCAGGCUGAGGAACUACUUGAACCUGAUCACGGUGACUUGAUCAUCCUUCAAGCCCGCCCCCGCGCUCCCUUCUCUGGAGGCUCGACUCCAAUCGGCGAUCUGCGCCGCGCCCUCUAUGCCACCUCUGUCUCAUCUGGUUUCAAGCCUGCCGCGACUGGCUUCGACUUCCUCUGGGUCGUCGAUUUCCCCCUCUUCUCUCCCUCCUCGGAUUCCGAGCCUGGCCAGGGUGGUACAGCAGGCUUAUCCUCCACCCACCACCCCUUCACCGCGCCCAAGACCCCGGCUGAUGUUGACCUCCUCCUCACCGAUCCCACCAAGGUAGUCGCAGACCACUAUGAUCUUGUCGUCAACGGCGUUGAGCUGGGCGGGGGCAGUCGCCGUAUCCACAAUGCCGCGGUGCAGGAAUUCAUCUUCCGAGAUAUAUUGCAGAUGCCGGCUGAGCGGCUGACAGACUUUUCCCACCUCCUCGAUGCCUUGCGUUCCGGCUGUCCACCUCACGCAGGCCUGGCACUAGGCUUUGACCGCCUCGUUGCGGUCAUGCUGGGCAAAGAAUCCGUCCGUGACGUGAUUGCCUUCCCGAAGACCGGCAAGGGUGGUGAUGAUCUGAUGGUCGGCUCUCCCAGCCAAAUGACCGAACAGGCGUUGGAGACCUAUCACCUGAAACUCAGGAAAUGA